UGGAAGCAGUGGCUCUAGAAUCUACGGUAAGGCCCAUCCUAGGCUGGCGACUCAGUGGGGGCAGGAAGCCAUUCCCAUCACAGAGGCUCCUCCCCACAGGAGUGCACCUGUCAGCAGGGACACUGGGUUUUCACCAAGCUCUAGCUCAGACAGUCUGGGGAGACCCGUCUGGCUCCAGCAGUCCUUCGCUCACUGCCAGGUAUGGUCCUCUGCUUGGGGCCGAUGCUAUUGCUGCUGCUUCUGGGGUCCCCGAGCUCGGCGGCGCGGAACCGAUGCGUGGGCGCGGCCGAGGCCUGCACGGCGGACGCGCGGUGCCAGCGGCUGCGCACCCAGUACGUGGCGCAGUGCCUGGGUCGGACCGCGCCCGGGGGGUGCCCGCGAGCCCGCUGCCGCCGAGCCCUGCGCCGCUUCUUCGCCCGCGGGCCGUCGGCGCUCACCCACGCGCUGCUCUUCUGCCCCUGCUCCAGCCCCGCGUGCGCCGAGCGCCGGCGCCAGACCUUCGUGCCCGCCUGCUCCUUCUCGGGGCCCGGCGCGGCGCGGCCCUCCUGCCUCGCGCCCUUGGGCGCCUGCGAGCACAGCCGGGUCUGCAGGUGCGGCGGGCGGGGCGGGGAGAGGGGUGCUCUGCCCGGGCGGGGCCGCCGCCGCUCAUCAGCCCUCUCGCCCCGUCCCGCCGCGCAGACCCCGCCUCCUGGCCUUCCAGGCCUCCUGCGCGCCCGCCCCGGGCGCCCCCGACGGCUGCCAACCCGGCCAGGCCCCCAGCUGCCUGCGCGCCUACGCUGGCCUAGUGGGGUCACCGCAGGCACCGCUGUCACCCCCAACUACGUGGACAACGCGAGCGCGCGCGUGGCGCCCUGGUGUGACUGCAGAGCCAGCGGGAACCGGCGCGAGGAGUGCGAAGCCUUCAGGGGCCUCUUUACUCGGAACAGCUGCCUGGAUGGAGCCAUUCAGGCCUUUGACAGCAGAUGGUCCCUAAUCCUGCAGGACCAGCUGGACUCCUCCCAGGACCCUGGGCACAACCUCCUGCAGGUGUCCUCUGCAGAUGGACCCCUGGAGAGAUGCUUCCUGCUCUUGGAGCUUGCACUUGCUGUCCUGGCUCUGCAGCCCCUGCUGUGAUGAGGCCAGCAAACCUCAGACAGCAUAGCCAGCUGUCCCACCCUGCCUGGGGUACAGGACCACAUCUGUGGUCUAAUGCCCUGUUGGAAGGGGGCUGGCUGAUCUCCCAAGCGCUUGUAACUGCUCUUAUUUGUCUGGAUACCCUGUGUUUCCGGCAGAGAGAUGGCAACUGACUGCAAAGCCCACCAUUUCCCUUUCAGUAGACCGUUCUCCACAGACCUUGGAACAGUUGGGGUCUCUUACAGGGUAAGGAUGGGAGGGCGCACCUGUGUAGCUGAGGUCUCACUAGGACCCCAGAUGACCUAGAGAUGGUCAGAAAUCAUCCACAUGUCUAGAAUUCUAGGAAACUUUUAUCAGGUCCCCAAGCAGGUCAUGCACUAAGGGAACAUCUGCACAAACUUAGCUCCCUGCAUGGGCAAAACUCCCUCCAACAAGCAGCACCUCCUGCUUCCCAAGCACCUGUCAUGAACUGCCCAGCUUGGCCAUCACCUGCGCCCCAUGACAAACAUUGGCAGAGUUCUUUCUGUCCUUGGUUGGUGGGCAUGUUGCUUGGUGGGCACCACCAGGAGUGAGAAUCCAACCCCCUGCCUGGCCAUGUGGCCAUCUACCUGUGGUUAACCCAGCACUAGGAGUGGUAUCCACAGCUCAAUAAACCCAUGGGUACUGAGACUGGCCUUGCUUUCUGUUGUGAUCUGCGUCCUAAAUAGCAAGGAAUGCCAGCAGCUGCCAGGAGCUGGAAGAGUCAGGAAGGAAUUCUCCCCCAAAACUUCUGGAGGGAACGCAGACCCCGAAAACUGUAAUGUCAGACUUCUGGGUUCCAGUACUGUGGAAAUAAAUUUCUGUUGU